UGUGAGCCCGAAGGCGGUGAACUUGAUGGCAAGCAGACGAUAAUGAUAACAGAGGUUGAAAAGAAUAUCUAAUGAGUAUGGCAGGUACACUGGAUCAGAUAACCCUGGAGAUGGGAAAACAACUAGAGUCCCUAGAUUGGUUCCAUCCAGGUGUUGAUAGACACACAGCUGAAAGUUUAUUGUUACAGAAUGGAGUGGAUGGAACAUACAUGCUUCGACCAAGUUCUAAAGCUGGGGAGUAUGCAUUAUCAGUCAGGUGUGAUAAAUCAGUCAAACACUUCAAUCUGUCUGUUGAGGGAACUGACUUCAAAUUUGGACAUGGUGAAUUUCACAGUAUGAGUGAACUUAUCAAUCAUUUUGCCAACAAGCCUUUAAUAGGUGCUGAUUCAGGACAAUUGACGUUGCUGAAUUACCCCUACCCACGUAAUAUAGAGGAACCUAACAUGUAUGAUACAAUACGAGUCCACGCCGAGUUUAGCACAGCAGAUGACUUCUCAAGAGGUCCAGAAUUCGCAAUCAAUUCUAAAGAGGGUUUUCUCACAAAACUUGGAGCUAGGUUCAAGACUUGGCACACAAGGUGGUUUGUACUACAGAAGUUUGAACUUCGGUAUUAUAAAAAGAAGGAGGAUACUCGAGCUAUCCGAGCCAUGGACCUCCGAGAAUGUGAGGAAUGUAAACGAGAUUACACAAACAAAGGCAAAUUUAAUGUUUUCAGGGUUGUUUUCAAGUGGAGGACAUUUUUCAUGUACUCCACGACAGAACAAGAGUGCAAUGACUGGAUUAAACUCAUCAACUGGAAGUUGAAAAAUACUCAGAGGCGACCAUGAUUUUUGCUGAAUUUGUGAGAAAUGCUGUAUGAAAUUAUUCUAGUAAGUGGUUAUGAG